AUGACGAGCGCCGAUAAACUUGCGAUAAGCAAUGGCUUAUACAGAGUCAGACUGAUACACACGGUAGCUUGUAUCAGUGUGUACACAAAGCUUAAGAGUGUUCAGUCUAUAACGGAAUUGUUUGUUGGGCAGAAACCAGAGCGUGACGAGUGGGGCAGCGGGCUGGAGGCCAUGCAGUGUGCUCUGCAGCUGGAGAAGAAAGUCAACCAGGCUCUGCUGGACCUGCACAAGCUGGCUUCUCAGCAUAAUGACCCUCAUCUGUGUGACUUCCUGGAGAGCCACUACCUGGAUGAGCAGGUGAAGUCCAUCAAGAAGCUGGGUGACCACAUCACUAACCUCACUCGCAUGGAUGCCCACACAAACAAGAUGGCAGAGUACCUGUUUGACAAGCAAGUCUGGGUGACAAGAGCUAAAUACUGAGACCUAGAAGUGAGC